AUGGCUCGCCAACUUUUCUUGGUGGCGACGCUUCUCGUUAGUCAGGUAGCUGCCCAUGGCUACAUCAAGACCUUCACCCUAGAGGGCACCGAGCACGAGGGUUUCAGCGCCUCCAACCCUUCCCCCGACCCCGAGGCCAUCGGUUGGAGCUUCACCACUCCCGACGAGGGCCCCGAACUUGACUUUGGCUCUCCCGACUUCGUCUGCCGCCAAGGCGCCAAACCCGCCAGCAACUCCGGCACCGUCGCAGCCGGUGGUAAAGCCACAUUCCUCUGGACCUCCGACGACAAGGAGAGAAACCCCGACGGCUGGGCCAAAGGUCACCGCGGACCAAUCCUCACCUACAUUGCCCCCUGUGACGGUGGCGACUGCGCCAACGUCGACAAGUCAUCCCUCCGCUGGACCAAGAUUGCCGAGGCCGGCCUGAUUUCCGGACCCGCCAACGUCAAUGGCGUCUGGGCGACGGACAAGAUGCGUGAGAACGGAGGCGUCAACGAAGCCACUAUCCCCGAGGCCAUUGCCCCCGGCAAGUACGUGAUCCGCAACGAGAUCAUCGCCCUCCACCGCGCCAACAUCGGGGAGCCCGAGUUCUACAUGCAGUGCGGCAACAUCGAGAUCACGGGAUCUGGCACCGACGACUUGUCCGGCUCUGGCACCGCGGCGGGUCAGCUGUACAGCAAGAGCGAUUCCCAGCUGUUUAACUUCGAUAUCUACGACAGCAAGGACACCGAGUGGCCGAUUCCUGGUCCCCCUCUUUACAACUCGGGAUCGCCUAAGUCAUCGCCGACACCGUCGCCCUCCCCGAAAGAGUCUCGGCAGGGCAAGAAUGACUGGUUUAUCCGCUUCCGGGCUUGA